AUGAAAAGUCAAGUUAUAUGUAUUUCAAGUAACACAUAUCUCUAUGUUCAACACGAUACUAAAAAAACUAGUUCAUAUAUAAACAUUAUUAUUUCGCAUCAAAUCUGCAAAUAUAUCAACAAACUCGUUGUACAAAUGCAGAGUCUUCUACAGGAUUUGAAGUCAACUCCUGAAAUAGAGAAAAUGAUUAACAAUGAAGAAAAUAUUGUACGAUUUCUUAAAGCGCGUAGUUGGGAUUUACAAGCUGCAGAGAAAAUGAUGCGUAAGGAUUUACAAUGGCGUCAGGAAUUUAGACCAGACAUAACUGAUUGUAAAAAUUGUCAUAGUCAACCAGGAACACACAGUUUAAGACAGAUUGGAUUCGAUGAAGCUGGGCGUCCAGUUAUCUAUGCUUCAUUUUGUCAGGCUGUUUCACACAGAAACAUGUCAAAUGAUGCCGUCACUCACCUCAUAUAUACCAUUGAAAAUGCAAUCAGAAGUAUGCAAUCUGGUAUUACCCAAUGGGUUUUCGUUAUCGAUUGUACAGGUCCAGUUGACAUUAGAAUGAUCUGA